UGUGCCUGUUGCAUCCCUUUCUUGGGUUUGAGGAAGCUGUUCCUUUUCUCUGCAGGUGCUGUGUCUCUUUGUAUGGCUAUCUCCUAACUGUCUGAAAGACCUACACCUAUUUGCCUUGUGUGCAGAGACUGUCUUGUCUACAGGAUUCUGUCUCACUUCAAGAGCCUGCCCCUGUUUGCAGAGUCUGUCCCUGCCUACAGCACCUGUUGUGACUAGCAGAGCCCUCGCCUGACUGCAAGCCUAUCACUGUCUACAGUGACUGUCCCUGGCUGCAGAUCCUGUGUCUGUAUGCAUAGCCUGUUUCAAACUCCCUGUCUGUUUGCAGAGGUUGUCCACAGACUCAAAGCCUAUCAUUGUCCACAGAGCUCAGCCCUGUUUCAAGAGCACAAGCACAGACGACAAGGCAGGUCCCUGUUUGCAAAGCCUCUGUGCCGACAUCUGCAGUACCCGUCCUGGUGUGCUGGCCCUUUUGUUUACGCAGCCCUCCUCAUGAGAGGCACAGGCUAUGAUGAAGGGUCUUUGGAGAGCUGUGUGGGGGGAGAGCUCUUGCUUAGAGCCCGGAGUACAGGCGGCCAGGGCCUGAGGACUCUGCCUCCUGUUCCCUCCCUCACUCUUUCCUGAUCUAGGAUGGACACCAACAGGGGCCUCCCAGCCAUCGAGAGCCACAGGGUCCUCCACAUAUGGAUCACUGAGGUGAGCUGCACGACCAGGCAGAAGAGCUGGUGAUAAAGACAGUGUGCAGAACCUUAAGAUGGUGCCGGUCCCCGAGCGGGCUUAUGGUAACUUCUUUGAGGAGCACUGCUACAUCGUCCUGCACGUCCCCCAGAGCCUGAAAGCCACGUCGGGGGCGCCCAAAGACCUGCACUACUGGGUCGGGAAGGAGGCGGGUGUGGAGGCGCAGGAUACGGCGGGCUCCUUCGUGCAGCACCUACAGGAGGCGCUGGGUGGCGCCACCGUGCAGCACCGCGAGGCGCAGGGCCACGAAUCCGCCUGCUUUCGCAGCUACUUCCGCCCUGGAAUCAUCUACCGGAAGGGAGGCCUGGCCUCUGCCCUCAAGCACGUGGAGACCAACGUGUACAAUAUCCAGCGACUGCUGCGCAUCAGAGCGGGGAAGCACGUGUCAGCCAGCGAGGUGGAGCUCUCCUGGCACAGCUUUAAUAAGAGUGACAUCUUCCUGUUAGACCUGGGCAAGAUGAUGAUCCAGUGGAAUGGGCCCAAAACCAGCACUGCCGAGAAGGCGCGGGGCCUGGCCCUGACCCGCAGCCUCCAGGACAGGGAGCGUGGUGGCCGUGCACAGAUUGGCGUGGUGGAUGAUGAGGCUGAAGCCACUGACCUCAUGCAGAUCAUGGAAGCGGUGCUGGGCUGCAGAGUGGGCAACCUGCACACCGCCAUGCCCAGCAAGAGUAUUGACCAACUGCAAAAGGCCAAUGUCCGCCUCUACCAUGUCUACGAGAAGGGCAAGGAUGUGGUGAUCCAGGAGUUGUCGACCUGCCCUCUGGCCCAAGACCUACUGCAGGAGGAGAACUGCUACAUCCUGGACCAGGGUGGUUUCAAGAUCUACGUGUGGCAGGGACGCAUGACUAGCCUCCAGGAGAAAAAGGCUGCCUUCAGCAGGGCUCUGGGCUUCAUCCAGGCCAAGGGCUACCCGAGCUACACCAAUGUGGAGGUGGUGGACGAAGGCGCCGAGUCGGCCGCGUUCAAGCAGCUCUUCCGAUCGUGGUCUGGGGAGCAGCGCAAGAACAAGCACCUUCGCGGAGUGGGUAAAUUACUUCAGGUGAAACUGGACGUGGGCAAGCUGCACAGCCAUCCUGAGCUGGCGGCCCAGCUCAGGAUGGUGGACGACGGCUCUGGGAAGGUGGAGGUGUGGUCCAUCCAGGACUCAUGCAGGCAGCCCGUGGACCCCACCCAUCACGGACAGUUGUGCGCAGGCAACUGCUACCUUGUCCUCUACACAUACCAGAAGAUGGGCCUCGUCCAGUACAUCCUGUACCUAUGGCAGGGCCUCCAGGCCGCCGCACACAAGAUCAAGGCCCUGAAGAGCAACGCCGAGGAGCUGGACCUCCAGUAUCACGGAGUGCUGGUGCAGGAGCACGUGACCAUGGGCAGCGAGCCCCCUCACUUCCUCGCCAUCUUCCAGGGCCAGCUGGUGAUCUUCCAGGGGAGCGCUGGGCACGACGGGAAAGGGCAGCCAGAGUCUGCCACAAGGCUCUUCCACGUACGAGGCACCGACAGCUACAACACCUGGACCCUGGAGGUGCCAGCCCGUGCCUCAGCCCUCAACUCCAACGACAUCUUCCUGCUGACCACAGCUGGCCUCUGCUACCUCUGGUUUGGAAAGGGCUGCAGCGGUGACCAGCGUGAGAUGGCGCGGACAGUGGUCACCGUCAUCUCCAGGAAGGACAAGGAAAUGGUGCUGGAGGGUCAGGAGCCUCCCCACUUCUGGGAGGCCCUGGGGGGCCGGGCGCCCUACCCCAGCGACAAGAGGCUCCCCGAGGAUGUGUCCGACUUCCAGCCACGACUGUUUGAGUGCUCCAUCCAGACGGGCCCCCUGGUCCUCACGGAAGUGGUGUUCUUUAGCCAAGAGGACCUGGACAAGUAUGAUGUCAUGUUACUGGACACCUGGGAGGAGAUCUUCCUGUGGCUGGGGGCAGCUGCGAGCCAGUGGAAGCAGGAGGCCGUGGCCUGGGGCCAGGAGUACCUGAAGACCCACCCAGGAGGGAGGAGCCUGGCCACGCCUAUCGUGCUGGUCAAGCAGGGCCACGAGCCUCCCACCUUCACUGGAUGGUUCCACACCUGGGACCCCUACAAAUGGACGAGCAAUCAGUCUUAUGAGGAGGUGGUGGAGGGCGGCCUGGGAGCAGUAUCUGCCAUCUCAGAGAUAACAGCACAGGUCAACAACUUCCAGCUGUCCAGAUGGCCAAGCAAUGGCAGGGCAGGCCCGGCGGCCCCGUGGGCCCUCAAGGGCUCCAAGGACAGCUCCAAGAGUGAGCUGGAGCUGGGCCCCAAGGCGGGCGGCAGGAGCAGCAGCCCCAGAUCCGUGGCCAGCGGGAGCCUGCCCCGAGAACAGCUGAUGCACCAGGCUGUGGAGGACCUGCCGGAGGGUGUGGACCCGGCCCACAAGGAGUCCUAUCUCUCAGACUCUGAUUUCCAAGAAAUCUUUGGGAAGUCCAAGGAGGAGUUCUACAGCAUGGCCAAGUGGAGGCAGCAGCAGGAGAAGAAGCAGCUCGGCUUCUUCUGAAGCCCGACCCUGCCGGCUCCAUCUACGUGGCCAAGACGCCUGCCUGCGGGCACCUCCCCUACACGUAUAUGAGUCCCCCGGGGAGGCCCUCCUGGCGCACCCUGCUUGGAGACUCCUGGGUCACUAAAAUAAAAGCCUGUGGCCUUCACCAGAUGUGGGCCCGGCUGGAGGAUGGAGCGGGCUGCAGUGUCAUUCCUAACGGAAUUGAGGACAGCUCCAGGGACUGGGCCAGCUCCUGGGCUCCCG